CUCGCUCUCGCAGUUACCAAGCCACACUUCUGAAGCAAGGUACGACUUGCCGUUUCGCUUGUAACAACCAGAGCCCCUUCUCUCUAGGGUUUCAUUCAGUUUGAUUUCUUCAUCAAUUUUUCAUAUAGUUUCAGCAAACAGAUAGAAAACAAAAUGGCAAAACCAUUGUCUAAUUUAUUAUCGAGGGGAAUCACAGGUCUCUCUGCAGCCAGGUCUAAUAGAAAUGUGGCUGGAUCCUUUUACAAUAAUGUACAGAGAUACUCAACUACUGUACCGAAAGAUCCCGACACUCAUGAAGAUUUCCAGCCAAAUAAUAAGUUUGAGAGCUCUGACUUGUCUCUAAAAGAUAUUGUUGAACAGGAUGUCAAAGGAAACCCGGUUAUGAUUUACAUGAAAGGGGUGCCUGAUGUUCCUCAAUGUGGAUUCAGCGCCCUUGCCGUAAGAAUACUCAAACAAUACAAUACUCCCUUGAGUGCAAGGAAUAUUUUGGAGAAUCCUGAGCUGAAAAGUGCUGUAAAAUCAUUCAGCAACUGGCCCACGUUCCCACAGAUAUUCAUCAAGGGAGAGUUCGUUGGUGGUUCAGAUAUAAUUAUGGAUAUGCACCAGAACGGCGAGCUUAAGGAAAUGCUGCAAGACACUGCUGCUGCCAAUGAGAAGUCUAAUUAGUUAAUCCCUUCGACCAGAAAGUGGAUAGUGGGUCAUGUGGUUUUCAAGUUUCUCUGCUAUUGUGCUGAAAGAUUGUGGGAUAUAUAUCUGGUUUCCGGCAAUAAUAUUUUCAGUGAGACAGAGAUCUAACACUUUGUUUACAAUGUUUUCAACAAUAAUGCAAGCCUUUUUAUUUUGCUCUUCCAUGUGCGGCGUGCUGUAUAGUAAGGAGCUCAGAAACAGUAAGAAAAACAUGUAGUUAUUAGAUAUUAUAAGAACAUAUGGUUGAAAUAAGAAAAUGAUCAGCAUCACUUUGUUGUCCUGA